GGGUAAGGUGGGAGUACUGGGGGACGUCACACUUGUAAUGAGCUGCAGCCCAAUGAGCUCUGUGCUUUCCUUCAGCUGCCUUGGAGCCUUGCGUGCCUGGAUGUCAUAUAAGUGCUGUCAGAGAAGACUUGUAAGAAUACAGGAGCUGGAUGUGAGGGCUCUUACACCGAGGACAUCUGUCCCUAUUGUGUCAUCAUUCCCUUCUGGCUCCUCCACAUCUCCAGCAUGAAGAUCCACAGUGGAGCUUUUUGUCCUCCUCUACUCUUCUUCUUCUCCUUUGUGUGGGGUUAAUAGGUUUUGCCCAUGUCCAUCCCGUGUUUGUUUAGCGAUGGAAUCUCGUCUCGCUUGGCUCUUUGUCUUCUCUUUGUUCGCCCUGUUGAAAAGAUCGGAAAGUUUCAACUUCAACACCAGCCUGAGGGAUUCCUUCCAGCUCCCCAACAUCACCGGCUUGUUUUCUUGGAACUACAGUGAUGGAGAUUGGCAAAACUUUAUAGGGAAGAAGAGAUACGGAGCCGAGUCCCAAAACCCCACGGUGAAGGCUCUCCUCAUUGUGGCUUACUCUUUUAUCAUCGUCUUUUCACUUUUUGGGAAUGUCUUGGUCUGCCACGUGGUCAUCAAGAACAAGCGGAUGCAUUCGGCCACCAGCCUGUUCAUAGUCAACCUGGCCGUGGCCGAUAUUCUCAUUACUCUACUCAACACGCCUUUCACACUGGCCCGUUUCGUGAAUAGCACUUGGAUGUUCGGAAAAGGCAUGUGCCAUGUCAGCCGCUUCGCACAGUAUUGCUCCCUGCACGUCUCUGCCCUGACCCUCACAGCAAUCGCAGUGGAUAGACACCAGGUCAUCAUGCACCCAUUAAAGCCACGGAUAUCAUCUGUUAAAGGGGUGGCUUACAUUGCGAUCAUCUGGAUAAUGGCGACGUGUUUCUCCCUUCCUCAUGCUAUAUACCAAAAGCUCUUCACAUUUGAAUACAGUGAGGAGAACAUCAGAAGUUUGUGUCUGCCUGACUUCCCAGAGCCUUCUGACCUCUUCUGGAAGUAUCUUGACCUGGCCACAUUCAUCUUACUCUAUGUCCUGCCUUUGUUGAUCAUCUCUGUUGCCUACACCACUGUAGCCAAAAAACUGUGGCUCCGGAACGCCAUCGGAGAUGUCACCACUGAGCAGUAUUUUGCCUUGCGCCGAAAGAAGAAAAAGACCAUCAAGAUGUUGAUGCUUGUGGUUGUCCUCUUCGCGGUCUGCUGGUUCCCUUUGAACUGUUAUGUCGUCCUCCUCUCUAGUCAAAUCAUUCGCACUAACAAUGCAAUUUACUUUGCAUUCCAUUGGUUUGCCAUGAGUAGUACCUGCUACAACCCAUUUAUAUAUUGUUGGCUCAAUGACAAUUUCAGAUCGGAAUUAAAGGCCUUGCUCAACAUUUGCAAGAAGCAGCCUGGACCACAAGAGGACAUGAUUCCCUCCAAUAUUCCUUCGUAUAGAGCGGCUUGGCCCGAAAGCCGAAGCUUCAAGAGAUCAUUAGUGUCGCACACCCUGCCGUCAUCUUCUAACAUCCAGUCUGGGAAGACUGACAUCUCGGCGGUAGAGCCAAUUGUGUCCGUUGGCUAAUCUUAUCGCCAAACUAACAUUCUUAUGGGAUCCUUUAGUCUGCUCACUGGUGCUCAAGGAACCAAGAUGACAAUACUUACUUUGAAUGUAUUCCACAGUGGAAUGUUUUACUGAAUGUGUAAAAAUGUAGAACAAGAAGAAGACCUCUGCUAGGGAAAGGAGACGGAAACGUUUCAGAAAUAUAUGUGGCAUAAAGGCCGAACGUUCUGGGAUGUAACCUUUCAGAAGAUUAGAGUGAGCUUUGUGAUAUCCGUAAUGAGAUGAAAACCAGUUCUGCUGCUACAGUCUACAUAAUCACUUUGUAAGAAGCGCAUCUGCUUAGUGUACAUUGUGAUUUCAUUAUUUUGCUGCUAAAUUAUAUUUUGUACAAUGUGGUAUGCAAACAUAAGAAAGUCAUUAAACCGAGACAAUGAAGUGAAGGCAGUUUAUUGACAAAUAAAGAGAUGCAGUCACAAAUGUUCUGAUGUGUUUAUAGAUCAUGAGAUAUAAUUUCCAUAGAUAAUUUUUGAAAGAUCAAACCAUAGUACCCGACUCAGGCUUCUCCUAUGUGGGAAACAAUAGGCUUUACUGUCAAUAACAGGGACUCCUGCUUCUCUUUCAGCUAUGUUUACUUGUCAGCUAUGUUUUCUUGUUGUUAAUCUGUUUUUAUUAUAAGGCCAUGUUCCCACUCAGUAUUUUUAGCCUCAUUAUUAGCUUAAAAGAAAGCAAAUAGCCAUGAUCAUUUUCAGCUAUUUUUUCUGCUAAUUGAUUUGUUUUGUUGGCAAUUUCGUGGCAUUUUUGACGUUCUUUUUUUCUACAGCAAGCAGUAUUAUGCAAUUUGCAAAGCCCAAAGAACAUGUGAUAAUAUGAACUGGUUUUCAGAUGUAAACAGAUAAAAAAAUUACCUUACACUUAAUUUUAUGGCCAUAAAAUCAUAGCUUCCAAAUUUUACUGGAUGUGAGUCACCAGUUGUUUUUCUGUUGAGUUUAACAAAACUCAAUAUAAAAAAACUGACUGUUUUUGGGACAUUUUGAGCUAUAAAAUGACCAUUUAAAAAGGUAAUUUGACGACUCAAAAACCAGUCCAUAAUACUGUGCAUAAACAUAGCCUAAAAUAGGCACUGUCAUUGAACAAAAUUUGUAUAGAUCAAGAGUACAAGCAAAUAUAAUAAACUUUGUAAUAAAUAAUACUGUUAUCAAACUUCCCCCUCCUCCCCGAUGC